GCAGCAACGAGAGAUCGACGUGCGGCUGCGGCGAGCAGGCCAUGUGGAAAAAGAAAAGACGAGGAAGAGUGGUGGAUCACAUCAACUCAGCCUUUUUGCCUUAUUUAGGACUUGCAGUGACUUCGACCAGCUUGUGGUGUCACUCCAUGCUUGUGGGAUGAGCAACUGCGCUUCACUCUGCUGCAUAACGGCGAUUUACACCUUAUUUACAGCGUGUGGGCGGGCGGUCAGCAAAGGGGGCGAGCAGAGGCCAGGGGUAGGGUUAGAUUAGAAUUUGAUUCCAAUUCCAAUUACCUUUUACAUGCGUGGAGAAUCGGGAUAUGCUAGCACUUGACAUGACGGACGGACGAUAAUUAACGUAGGCAGAAGCAGAACGCACGAUGGAUUGUUUGCGAAGUUUUCUUGCAGCUUCCUGCCAGUCGGACGCGUUUUGUACUUUUGGUGGCAUCACAGAUUAACAGCUCCCUAGAGCAGAGGCUAGAGCAACGAGAGAACGAACAUCUGACCCCAGACUCUGGUGUUGACCUUUGUCACUAACAUCUCAUCGCGUACUGACAUCUUUGAUUUGUACUUGCUCCAAAUACGAGGGACAAAUCUGCUGCAAGGUGAGUCUGUGCUGCCACCACACACCAAAGUUUUUGUGAGCUCACAAAAUUUUCACCGCCAUCAUCUAUCGUAAUCAGUCGCAGUUGUGUUGUUUCCUUUGUACUAACUGUAAUCAGUCACCGUCAUCACCGUCACCAUCAGCAGUUCAUCACUGUAGUAGUACAUGGCGUCGUCGUUCUGGAACAUGCUGGGGCAGGCGGCGAACGUGAUGCAGGUGACCGGCGUCGACGGGUUCGGGAUCGCCUCGAUGAUCGUGCAGGCGGCGCGCACGGCGAGCCGCAACAAGGACCUGUGCCAGCUGCUGGCGAACAAGGUCCAGAUGGUCAGCGAGCUGCUCCGGGAGCUGCAGAUCCCGGAGCUGCGGCGGCACCGGUCGACGCGGCGGCCGCUGGACGAGCUGCGCAGGGCGCUCUUCUGCGCGUACAUGCUCGUCCGGUCCUGCGGCCAGCAGCAGCGGAGCACGAGUCAGCUGUACCAGCUGUGGAAGAGCGCCGACAUGGCCUUGAUGCUCCGGCAGGCCCAAGACGAGAUCGACGGCUACAUCAUCCUCAUCCCCAUGAUCACCGCUGUCGCCUCCCUCAGAGCCCGGGGUACUCAGGAGGUUCAAGACAGCUUGACAAAUGAUCCGGCACCAGCAUUAAGGCCUCAGUUAUCUAUUGAAGAAGUUACUGAAUCGCUCCCACAUGAGAUGCGUCUGCCAAUAGAACAUGUGGGGGACCUAGUGUCAAUGAUCGACCAAAGCGCAGGCACCGCACGCCACAACAGGAACCAGUGCCAGCAACUCGCGCAGCAAGCCCGAAUCGUCGGCGGUCAGCUACGGCCCUAUGGGGCUUUGCUCCAUACGGAGCAGGCACUGGAGGGGCUGCAAGAAACCCUCUUCCGUACAUACAUGCUCGUUUGUUUCUGCGGCCAGUACAACAGAAGCCAGCUCCGCCAAAUGUUCACGGGAGCAGAUGACAUGGACUCUGUGUUUCGGCUGGCACAAGACGAGAUCAGCAGCCGGAUCAACCACAAGGGGCCUAUCGCGCAUGAUCACGUCGCUCAACAGGACCAGGUCAUCGUCAUCAUGGCCGGCGACCACGCGCCGUCCUACCUCGCCAGCGCCAUUGCCAAGCCGCUCCCCGCCGCAGCUGAGGCAGAUGGCGUGUAAUACCCUACAUUUUACGAGUUAUUAAGUAUCUAUAUAAGAGAUAGAGUAAGUUAAAUUAACACUUGAACUUCAUAGGUAAGCUAAGCAAAGUUCAACAUGUCUUAAUAUGCUUUGGUGAGCAUUGCUAAAUUUUUAUUAUCAUAGCUAUUAUAAUGCAUGUAUAUGUUGCUUAAUUAAAUAUUAUAAACUGGUCGGCCACAAUGUGGAGGUGGCCUAGGAAUCGUUAAAAUGUUCCUGCUGGAGGGCGUCCAUUUGCUUGUUGGGUUAGAGAAUUUUUGUGGACCAGAUUUGUCAUCAUAAGUUUGUCUGCAUGGAUAUGUGCAUGUGUGGAUAACAGUCUACUUGCGUACGUGUAUAGCUUAAUUGCUAU